UUACCAGUUCAAUUGUAUUUUACUGUCGCUGGAGGUAUUUUUAUUUGUCUCUCAAUGUAUAUAGAUAAGUAACACUUAAUUAGCGUGUUUAGUAUACAAGAUACAGAGCUACAGAUGUUUGCUAAUUGGAAGACGAGUGAAAAAGAUACAUUUAUUAUAUAUUGAGAGAAGAAAUUAGAAAACAUCACCUCUUCAGCAUGAACAUAUGAAUUUAGAUUUAAAACACGUUAUUCCUUCUUAAGGCAUUUAUUUAUAUAUCAUUAAACAUAUUUUACAUAACAUUUGACUGAAGGAAAUAGUAUUAGACUUAAAAACUAUAAUAACACUUUCCGUCAUCAGUGCGUCUAUCGAACGUUUAUUGGAAAGUAAGCCAGAAGCCACACAUGUGCAUAGUAUCACAAGAAAUGCAGAAAUUUCUAUUUUAAAGUUUUAAUCCAGCAACCUCCGUAAACGAACUUGAACAAACUAUGGCUAAUAUCACUAACCAAGCAAUGUUGAACCACACUGAGUAUGGAAAUAUGUUUUGGCUUCCGUGGUGGCAACAAUUUCUUUUCAUAACGGCAUUUAUAAUUCUUAUUCUGGUGGCAGCAGUGGGCAAUUUAGUUGUAAUAUGGAUAGUUUUGGCGCACAAACGUAUGAGGACCGUGACAAAUUAUUUCUUAGUCAACUUAGCAGUAGCUGAUGCUUUGAUUUCAAUUCUGAACACAUUGUUCACUUCAACUUUUCUCAUGUACCAGGAUUGGUGGUACGGAAAUAUAUGGUGCAAAUUUACUAUGUUUAUAUCUAUUUGUACAGUAGUUGCAAGUGUCCUGACACUUAUGGCGAUCGCAAUAGAUAGGUACAUGGCUAUUAUACAUCCUCUACGUCCACGACCAACACGAAGAGUAGUUCUUGCUAUUUUGUGUAUAUGGACAGUAUCUAUAGCUCUAGCCUUGCCAAACCUGAUGUAUGGAACACUUAUAACGUACCCUAAUAUAACACAAAAAACCUGUGGGCCAGUAUGGUCAGAUGGAACACCUGCGGAAAGCAAAAUUGAUUUCUGGUACAAUGUAGUAAUCAUAAUAGUAUCUUAUGUGAUACCGAUGGCUAUACUGAUAUUAGCUUAUAGUAGAAUUGGUAAAGAAUUGUGGGGUCAUAGGGCGAUUGGAGAAAAUACACAACUACAGUAUGACCGGAUACAGUCCAAACGAAGGGUUGUAAAAAUGAUGAUUUUUGUGGUGAUUGUGUUUGGUGUCUGCUGGUUACCAUAUCAUCUGUACUUUCUGUUGGCAUCAUCAGUUCCAGAUAUUACGUUGGCCGAAAACGUACAACAAAUAUAUCUGGUGAUUUAUUGGAUAGCAAUGAGUAACUCUAUGUACAACCCCAUUAUAUACUGUUGGAUGAAUGAAAGAUUUCGUUCAGGAUUUAUUGAAGCGUUUUGUUUCUGUCCAUGUCGGCCAUGUAAGAGGAUAAAGAAAAAAUACGUGACAUGCUUAAAUCCUGUUCGCUCCUUUGCAAUGUCAGAGAAAUUCAGGAACGGGUCAAUGAUGCAGACCAUGACUGAGUAUGUAGAUGAAUCGGCAAAUGCAGGAACUGGUUUGGUUCGUGAUAAAAGACACAAUAGCAACGACUCUGAUGAAUGCUAAUAUUUGUGAAAUUCGAUGCUGAGAUAUUGAGAUAUUGAGAUAUGUUUGAUAGGGAAAACCAAGAUUCUUUAGGAAUGAGGAGAUCUAAAAUUAAUUUACCAUUUACAAAUUGUGUAUUGUGUACAUGGUGUAGUAAAUGAUGGUUGUUUUUUAUGAUCUUCUAUCAAGAUAAUUAGUGAUUUUGAUGAAUGGGUAACUGGACAAUAUGAUUUUCUUUUAUCGGUUUAAAUUUUGACGAGAACAUCAAAGAAAUGCUUUCAUUGCCUGUUUCUUUCAUUAAGCAGACUAAUUGAGUAAAGAAUAAAGUUUAGUAUUUGGAAUACAUGUAUUUAAAAACAAAUCUAUGGCAUCCAUUCAUAAGCGUAUAUUGUGUAUGUACAUGUAUAUAAUAACUGUAAAAUGCUAACAACUGUUUGAUAAAAUGGUUUGUACAUUACUGUGUGUGUUACAAAUAUAUACUAUAUAAUUCAA